AUAUGUUUAUAUUUCAAUCUUCUAUAUAUAACUUUCCUUUUAAAGAAACAUUUUAUUUUCCACUUUUAUGGGAAAAACUAAUAUAAACUUGCAAUAAUAUCUUCUUCAUUGAAACAUCCAACAAAAUGUCUAAGAAAUGGGUUAUUUCCCUUCUCAUAUUUCUGAUAUUUUUCAAUGAUAUAUCAUAUGUUUCAGCAUCUCCUCCUGCAAGAAUAGUAGCUGGUAUAGUCACUAAUGUGGUGUCUACUGUCUUCAAAUGGCUUUGGUCUCUAAGAACUCCAGUCAUUAAGCCAGAGAAAGCUGUUGCGAGUCGUUCAUUGAUGAAAUUCGAGGCUGGAUAUACAGUUGAGACGGUUUUCGAUGGAAGUAAGGUUGGGAUUGAGCCGUAUUCUGUUCAGGCAUCCCCAACAGGAGAGCUUCUAAUGUUGGAUUCUGUCAACAAUAAUCUUUACAAGAUUUCAACACCAUUGUCUCGAUAUAGCAGGCCAAAAAUUAUUGCAGGAUCACCCGAAGGCUACACUGGGCACGUAGAUGGGAAACUAAGAGAUGCGAGAAUGUAUGGCCCCAAAGGUCUAACAGUCGAUGAUAGCGGAAACAUCUACAUUGCUGACACCAUGAAUAUGGCCAUCAGGAAAAUCACUGAUGCAGGAAUUACUACAAUAGCAGGAGGGAAAUGGAGCCAUGGAGGAAGUCAUAUGGAUGGAGCUAGCGAAGAUGCAAAGUUUUCUGAUGAUUUUGACCUAGUGUAUGUACGAAGUAGCUGCUCACUCCUAGUCACAGAUAGAGGAAACCAAGCGAUUCGUGAAAUACAACUCCAUGAGGCUGAUUGUUCUUAUGAGCAGCCACCAAUUCAACACGAUCAGCAGACCGAGGAAAACUUAUAUUUCGGUGUAGUAGUCCUUGUUGCAGCUAUGUUCUUUGGGUAUAUGUUGGCAUUGCUCAAGCAGAGAGUGCAAGCCUUAUUUUCAACCAAGAGACCAGAUCCAAGAAUGCAAAUAAACAGUCACGCUAUUGCAGCACCGUAUCAGAGACCUCCAAAAUCAGUGAGGCCACCACUAAUACCCCCGGAAGAUGAAUAUGGUGAAGAGGAAGAAGGCUUAUUAUUCUCGUUUGGAAGGCUUAUAAUCAAUGCCAGUUCCUCAGUGGCUGAAGUGUUUGCAGGGUUAUUAUUUUCGGGUUUCAGAAAGAGGAAAACACGCCAUCAUGAUCAUCUGAGACACUUCCAGCAACUAAACAGGCAUCCAGAUCAUUCAUGGCCUAUGCAAACUAGUUAUGGAGAUGAGCCACCGGGACUAGAAAAUGUAGAAACUAGGACUUCUAUUAUGAGAAAACCAUACCCCCAACAGCAAUUAAGACAAGGCCAAGGUUAUUAUGAAGGACGAGAUGCUGAUUUUCAUCAGCGUCAAGGGAUGAUUUCUCAACAACAGGAGGAACAGCAGGAGCAGGAACAGCAGCAGAAGCCGCAACAGAGGAAUGUUAAGUUGAAUACAAAAGCAGCUGGUGAGAAGGGCUCUGACAAGAGUGAGAUAGUAUUUGGAGCAGUUCAAGAACAGGAUGGAAGGCGUGAAGCAAUGGUGAUAAAAGCUGUUGAUUAUAGUGACCCUGUUUAUAAUCACCAAAAUGUACGGCCUCGGUUGAAUUACAUGGGUUACUCAUCAUAUAGCUAUUCCUGAUCUUAAACAAGUUACAAUUUAUACUAUAUGAUUUUACAAAAUUAGGAGAAAAGUUUUGGUGCACUUCUCGGUACAGCUAUGAGAAGAUCAUAUAUUACGUAGUAUAGUACUGUUGUGUGUUGUCUAAGUUUUGUAUGGAGAAAGAUUACAAGCUUUAUGAGCAGAAGACUCUUUUCAGUAUAAACUUGCUACAUCAACUCUUCUAUUAUCUUUAGUGCCCAUGUAUGCAACUUGAUAUAUCUGACAUGAGUGUGGACGAUGAUACAAAUUACAGUACAUAUAAUACAUAUUUUUAGAAAUUAAGGAGUAAGGUUUUGAUGUUCUUGUCAUAGCUAAUACAAGGUCAAGUAGUGUAUUCUACAAAUUGGACUUGAGAUAAGAUGUGUAGACAGAACUCCACGCACUUGUAUCCAAUCAUGUCCACAUUUACGAAUCAAGGUGAGACUAACAUUAGGAUAAGUUCCACUACCCAACAUACAUACCAGUGUCUGAGUAAACAUUAAGGGCAUGCUUAGUAAGAGUGUUUUUUUGGUUCUAAAACAGAUUCAGUUGAACCAUUAUUUUUUUUUAAAGAUCCGUUAAACCAUUAUUGUUACCAAGUAUUUGGUUAGAAAUUUUGGAUAAGAAAUACCAUUUCCUAAAGGUAAUAGUUUCCACCUAUUUGUUACCUCUCUAAAAUCUAAAGUAACAAUUACCCUUACCUUCCUCAAACAAAAAGAAAGGGAGUUAGGUUUACGUUUUUUUCAUGGUUAAAUCAAACAAAUGAAAAGGUAAGGGGUUAAAUAAUUCCUUUCCCCCUAUGUUCCUUUUCACCCCAUUUCCAAUAUUGAUACCAAACACGUCCCAAGUAUAAAUGAAACAAUUAGAGUAUUAUAAAUCAAAAUGCGAGACCUUGAUAAAGAGAAGGCCCAG